AUGCUGAGCGCUCUGGCGAGGAGAUCAUUGAAAGAAGAGUUAAACCCGGAGGACAUACAGCUCGCCCAGGAUUCGCCGCAGUACGCAUCACCAGCAGCGAACACAGCCAGCCAUGGACCCGUCAGAUCCCCGCCCACCAUGCAGUCUCCACAUCUAUCCCAAACAACUUCAGGCCGAGAGCGCACUCCACCCACGCGGAGGUCACCUUGGUUGGCCGGGGCGGCUGGAGUCAGCAACGACACACCACCAAGAGCCACGGCGUCGCGGGUUGUCCCGAGCUCACUGGACGAAGGGGAGCUAACAAGUUUGGUGCAGCGGCGUACACACGAUGACAACAGCUCUUCUAUCGAAGGGCACACGAAUGCUGACGCCAAUUUGUACCGCUUAAUUGUGAAGCCAAUUGUAAAGCAGGCUGUCAGUCAGCGUGACCAAACAGGGCAGAGCUGUAAAGCCGACACUGGCGAGUGGUCUAUUGCCGAGCUGGACAUUAAAGAGUGGGCCGCAAUGAUGCAGCUGAAGUUACCAAGUCGCCAUCUCGUAGACAACGAUAAAACGGAGCACCAGUGGAAUUUGUGGUUGAGCUCAAUAGGCGCUGGCAAAGUUGCACUGUUAUAUGUGUACGAGAAUGGCAGUACAAUUAAAACAUUUCCAAUGCUGGCAUCGUUUAAAAGGGCGUGCAUUGAUCCAGUAGCUACUGAUCGAGCUGGAGCAGCUAGUGACGUGACGUUACAGGAGUUUGCCGAUCGGCUACAGCAGCGAUGGGGCUCGACAUUUCAAGGGGCAGCCAUACUAUGGAGAAUGUGGGCUAAUGAAAUGGUCCGGAGCUUAAGCCGAUCGACGUGGGAGGUAGCAAUCGAGCAGCCCCCACCAGGCGUUGUCGCACGACUGUUCCGACUAGCGGAGGCCAGCCUCGAGCAGCAAAUUUCUGGUAUCUCACGCUCAGCUAAUCUAGCAUUAUAUUGUGUCAAUGCAGCGAUUGCUGCAAACAAUCAGCUGUUGCAGGAUUGGGAAAGCUUUGGUGCUCGCAUAACAGAAAACGGCAAGUGUUUGGUAGCACGCAAAGAUGUCAUUCAGAGCUUUAUUGAUGACGUGCUUCUACCCCGAGAUGUUGCGGAUCCCAUGGAACGAAUGGAAAAUAUUCCUGACGUUGACCAUGUGUGA